AUGACGACGCCGCAAAAGAAAUUACUGAGCAGGACACUAUCAAAUGAGCCUUCUUCCACGGACGAGCAACAACAAAACCUUCUUAAACUCGAUAAGGCAAGGGAUCGUAUGGCUACACUGCAGCUUGCCCUUGAUUCACAUUCUAGCGACGUUAGAGAGCGCGUCAUGAAGCGCAAGGCUGAUCACGCAAAGGCAUUGAAUGAGGAGAAGGAGAAUCAGUCUCGGAUAAAAGAGGAAAUCGAGAAUCUGAAGAAGAAGGAGUUUGAUGUCGUGAGAGAUAUUGAAAGAGAGAGACAGGAGGUGCAGGAAAUGAAGGAUCAAAUCAGCAAUUACAUGCGUGAAAUGAGAUCACAUUCUACUAAUAGAGACGGCUUGAUUGCUGAAAUAGAAGAGUACAGGGAAAGAAUAAACAAACACAAAGACAUGAUUGAGAGCGAGAAGAAGACUCUUGAUGGUCAGGCUGCGAAGAAUGCUCCUGAAUUAGCCUUCUUUGAGCAGAAAUUGGGUUUAAAGUUGAGAAGUAAUAAACUCGACUGCAUUUUCCUUGCUUUCUCUCAAAUCGAUGACCGCCAACCAGACAGACAAUUUUCAAUCGAAUUGGAUUUGAGCGAGCCGGAGUAUAAAGUCGUAUCCUGCAAUCCACGACCAGACGAGCUCGAUUUGCUCCUCCAUGAGCUCAACAGUUCCCGUGGCUUCUACACCUUCAUAAAGCGUAUCAGAGGGGCUUUUAGAGGUGUAGUAGUAAAAGAGAAGCACGCUUAA